AGUCACGGCGGAUGAAGCGCGUCACACGACAAUCACACGCACGCAUACCGCGACGCUCCCGCUCUGGGCGCACAACAACCCCUUCACGAACCGCAUUCUGUCCACGCGUCACUGAAACAGCAGGAGUUAGAACGCGAGAGAGUGUACUCAUCUACGACGCAGCAUCCGGCCCAAAGACAAAUGACACAGCAGGCAGCAAGGCCCGGCAGGGCCAUCGUGCUGCUGUCGGUCGCGGGGCUGGGCGGGCUUUGCGCCUCCUCCAUCGCCCCCGCUUCCGACGGCAGCGGGAUCGCGAGCCAUGGGCCCCGCGGGGGGGCAAACGACGCGGUACGAAGGCAGGAUACUUGGAGCCAGGAACGCAGCAGGGGCUCGCGGAGGCGGCCGCGCCCGGCACCGGUCCAGCAGGAUGAUGCCCAGCAGCAAAUGGCGGAGGAAUCCGAGGAUCGGCUCGGCAGCGGCCUGGACAGGAAGGGAAUGUUCAAUUCGUUCUCCCUGGGAGAGCACGAGCCGUCGUCGUACUACAACACAAGCCCUAUUCCUGGGGGGGGGGGGCAGCAGCAGCAGCAGCAACAGAACAGGGACGCCUUCAUCGGCGGCGCCGCUGCUGGCUACGACCCGACUUGCUACAAAGACGAAAGCAGCGGAACCCGCGAGUUCUUCAACGAAGGCAACGGUAGUCGCGAGUUCUUAUGUGAUGACAACAGCGAGGAGCCGCUCGACGAACAGCAACAACACCAGCAGGCGUCAUACUCCGGCAGCAUGGCCCCUGCCGCCAGCGGGGGCGGACGUGCCAGCCACUACUACCCCGGCCGCGGGCGAAACGCCGCCGAAAACCUGGCGGCCCCGCAGUUCCAAGGCCACAGCGCCGGGCGCGCCUCCUUGUACCGACACGAGCCGUUUUUCUUCAACGGUGAGAACCCGUACAGCAGUAGCGGCAGCAGCAGCAGCCACAGCAACGGAAAGCGCCGCCGGCGGGCGCGCCGGGGUGGGGUGGUGGCGGCGUCUGCCUUCCCGGCCAUCCCCCCGGCGCUUGCCGCCACCGCCGCCGCCGCCGCCGCCGCGCUCGUGAAGAUCGCGGGAGCCGCCGCGCUGACCCUGUCGGUGCUGGCGCCUCUCGCCGCGGCCCUGUCGUCCCACUGGGCCUACUUCGUCGCCGGGGGAAUCUGCGCGGCGAUCUCGCACACCGCCGCCGUGCCCCUAGACGUCAUCAAGACCAGGAUACAGUGCGCGCCGCCGGGGGUUGAGUACCGGGGGACCUGGGACGCCCUGGUUAGAAUCAUUAGCUCGGAGGGUGCCCGCGUCCUAUUCUGCGGCGCCGGAGCGACGCUCGUUGGGUACGCCUUGCAGGGAUCGCUCAAGUUCGGGUUCUUCGAGUUCCUGAAGCCCGUCUUCAGCGGCCUCUUCGCGCGAGGCAGCCGGAGCGCCGCUGCCGCCGUCGGCGCAGUUACGGCGCCCCCUGUCCUGGGUACCCUCAUCGCCGCCUCCGUCACCGCCGAGAUCGUGGGGUCCUCCGCGCUGACCCCUCUCGAGGCGGCGAGGAUCAGGAUGGUCGCGGACGCGGACUACGCCUCGGGACUCCGGUCCGGGAUCGCGCGCAUGGUGUCGGAGGAAGGGGUGGCGGCGCUGACGCGCGGGCUGCCGGCGGUUUUGGCCAAGCAGAUCCCCUACACGGUGACCAAGCUGGUGACGUUCGACUACCUGGUCCGAACGGUGGCUUGUCUGGUUUCGAGGAACAGCAGUGGCGGCGGGAAGAAAGGGUUCGGUACUGGGGUAGGGGGCACCGUAGCGUGCGCGGUGAUCGCCGGGGUGUUGUCCUCACUGGCGUCGCAGCCCGGGGAUUCGCUCCUGUCCGCCCUCAAUAGCGAGGGGCGGAACGCGGGGGUCGAAGGCAGCAUGAACAAGGUCGCGGAGUUUGACGAGGUGAUGAUGAGCGACCUGAACAGCGAGGACGGCAGCGGAAGCAUGAUUGAUAGCGGCGGCAGCGGUAGCGGCAGCGAGGAGCAGCAGAGCGGAGGAGGCGCGUAUUACCAGUAUUCCCCUGACGCGCCCGUUUAUUUCGAGGGUAGCGAUGUACCAGCACGUCAGCUGCAGCAGGAGCAGCAGCAGCAGCAGGUGGAGCCUGUGAUCCGCGCCAUGGUAAGGAUUGCGAGAGAGGCCGGGUUCUCCGGACUGUUCCGAGGAACGGGGGCGAGAAUGAUGCACGUGACUUCAAUCGUCACCGUUCAGCUUCUCAUCUACCAGUCCAUCAAGAGCAUGGUUGGCAUCGCCUCCUGA